AUGCGCACCCCCGGGGGUUACCUGGUGUGGGCCAGGACAGCACAGGCAGGCGCCUCUCUGGCAGAGGCCGAGGAGCCCGGCCGAGAGCUCCCCAACACCGUGGCACCCCCGCCAGGCGGUGUGGCCCGCAGCCUGGCCCGGCGUCCUGCGGUGCCGAGCUUGGCGAGGCUGAGGCAGGAGGAGGCCGCGCCCAUGGGGUCUCAGCAACCACCACUGGCCGCCCUGUACCUGCUGGGGGUGCUGGGUGAGUACCCCGCCUGGGGCAUGUACCGGGGCUCUUGUCCCUCCUUCACCAGAGUGUGUUUUAUUGCAGAGCCGCCCAGGACAGCACCUCCUCCCACGACCCCCCCACCCACAACCACUCCGCAGCCCACAGCCCCUCCCAGGCUGCAGCUGGUGGCAGGGCCCGGGGGCCUGCGGUGUGCCGGCGUCGUGGAGUUCUACUGGGGCAGCCGGGGUGGUGCCAUCAGCUACGAGGCGCAGGACAAGACCCAGGACCUGGAGAACCGUAUCUGUGAGGCCCUCCAGUGUGGCUCCUUCCUGAAGCAUCUGCCAGAGGAGGACACCUCCAGGGCCCAAGACCCAGAGGAGAGCAGGCCCUUGCCAAUUCGAUGGAAGAUCCAGAACACGAGCUGUACCUCCCUGGAGCAGUGCUUCAGUAAAGUCCAGCCCCGUGAGGGCGGCCAAGCUCUGGCCAUCGUCUGUUCUGAUUUCCAGCCCAAGGUGCAGAGCCGCCUGGUGGGACGCCGCAGCCUGUGUGAGGGGUCCGUGGAGGUGCGCCAGGGCAAGCAGUGGGAAGUCCUGUGCGACGGCCCCCGGCCCAAGGGCACGGCGCGGUGGGAGGAGGUGUGCCAGGAGCUGCAGUGCGGCAGCGUCGACUCCUACCGGGUGCUGGACGCCAUCGAGACCUCCCAUGGGCUCUUCUGUCCCCAGGAGAAGCUGUCCCAGUGCUAUCAGCUUCAAGAGAAAAAAGCCUACUGUAGGAGGGUGUUUGUCACAUGCCAUGACCCAAACCCAGCAGGCCCGGGCGCAGGCACCGUGAUGAGCAUCAUCCUGGGCCUUGUGCUCCUGGCCGUGCUGCUGGUCGUGUGCGGCCCUCAUGCCUACCGAAAACUGGUGAAGAAAUUCCGCCAGAAGAAGCAGCGCCAGUGGAUUGGCCCGACAGGAAUGAACCAGAACAUGUCUUUCCAUCGCAACCACACGGCCACCGUCCGGUCCCAGGUUGAGAACCCCGCAGUGUCACACGUGGAGAAUGAAUACAGUCACCCUCCUAGGAACUCUCACAUCUCUGCUUGCCCAGCUCUGGAAGGGGCCUUGCAUCGUGUUUCCACCCAGCCCGAUAACUCCUCCGACAGUGACUACGAUUUGCACGGGGCUCAGAGGCUGUGA